AUGUGGCACCUGGUCAGUGUCAGAGUGCCACCCAGCUCACAGUGCCACGAGUGCCACCCAGGUCACAGUGCCAGGAGAGCCACCCAGGUCACAUGUCAGAGAGCCACAGGUCAAUGCCACGAGACCACCCGUCAGUGCCAGGAGGCCACCAGGUCACAGUGCCACGAGAGCCACCCAGGUCACAGUGCCACGAGAGCCACCAGGUCACAGUGCCACAGAGCCACCCAGGUCAUGUGCCACAGGUCUCAGUGUCGAAGGCCACCCAGGUCACAGUGCCGAGCCACCCAGGUCAGUGCCAGGAGAGCCACCCAGGUCACAGUGCCACAGAGCCACAGGUCACAGUGCAAGAGCCACCCAGGUCACAGUGCAAGAGCCACCAGGUCACAGUGCAAGAGCCACCCAGUCGGAGAGCCACCCAGUCUGAUGCAGGAGCCACCCAGGUCACAGUGCCACAGGCCACCCAGGUCUGGUGCCAGGAGCCACCCAGGUCACAGUGCCACGAGAGCACCCAGGUCACAGUGCCGAGAGCCACCCAGGUCACAGUGCCACGAGGCCACCAGGUCUGAGGAGGCCCCAGGUCAAGUGCCAGAGCCACCAGGUCACAGUAGGAGAGCCACCAGGUCACGUGCCAGAAGCCACAAGUCACAGUGCCAGGAGAGCCACCCAGUCACAGUGCCACGAGAGCCACCAGGUCACGUGCAGAGCCACCCAGGUCACAGUGCCACGAGAGCCACCCAGGUCACAGUGCCAAGACACCGGUCACAGUGCCACGAGCCACCCAGGUCACAGUGCCACGAGAGCCACCAGGUACAGUCCACGAGCCACAGGUCACAGUGCCACGAGAGCCACAGGUCACAGUGCCAGGAGAGUCACCCAGGUCACAGUGCCAGAGUGCCACCCAGGUCACAGUGUCAGAGUGCCACCCAGGUCAGAUGCCACAGAGCCACCAGGUCAGAUGCCACGAGUGCUACCCGUCACAGUGCCACGAGGCCACCCAGCUCACAGUGCCGAGUGCCACCCAGCUCACAGUGCAGGUCCCACAGCUCACAGUGCCACAGGUCACCCAGCUCACAGUGCCACGAGUGCCACCCAGGUCACAGUGCCUGA